AUGAGGUUUUCGGGUUUAUGGUUACUACGCUCCAGGUACGACGCUCUGGAGCCGCACAUCGAUGCUGAAACGAUGAAGAUUCACCAUGGGAAGCACCAUGCUGCUUAUGUCGCUGGCCUGAACGCUGCCAUCAGCAAGUCUACAACAGAUGGAAGCAUGACAGCUCUGACAAGUUUGCAGCCUAAUGCUGCGAAGACAGGAGCAGCACACCGGAACCAUGGUGGUGGCCAUUACAACCACGCGCUCUUUUGGGUGAACCUGGCACCGGCCAGCGGCUCCUCGGAACCUUCCCCUGACCUCGCAGCAGCUAUCGACGACAAGUUCGGAAGCCUCGAUGGCCUCAAAGAGGCCUUCUCAAAGGCAGCAAUGGGUCGAUUUGGCAGUGGCUGGGCUUGGCUGGGUGUGACACCUCAGGGGUCCUUGUCCGUGACCUCCACUGCUAAUCAGGACAAUCCGCUCAUGGAAGGUUUGGAGUACAGUGUUGAGAAGCUGAUUCCUAUCUUGGGCCUAGAUGUCUGGGAGCACGCUUACUACCUGAAGUACCAGAAUCGCCGAGCUGAUUACGUGUCAGCGUUCUGGAAUGUGGUUAACUGGAAGAAGGUGAGCCGCAAUUACGAGGAGUAUGCAAAGAAAGGACAGCCUGUGCCUCCAACGCCAACAGGUGGUGGCCACGCUGUAGAGCUGUGA